AUGAUUGUCCUGUCAGUUGCCUGUUUCUCCAUUGGACUCUGCUGUUUUGCUUAUGCUUCACAUCAGUCCUUCAUAACAGCUACUCUCACAACUGUGCUUACUACCAUUACCUCAUUCGGCCUCACAGCUGUCUCUGCAUGGUUUGCAUCAGAACACUGGACAUUCACUCGACAUUGUGGCUAG